GGGCGUGGCCGGGGCGUGGCCGGGGCGUGGCCGCUCGGAGCCGCCGGAGCCGCCGGAGCCGCCGCGCCCGCGAUGGAGCCCAACAGCCCCCGCAAGAUCCAGUUCACGGUCCCGCUGCUGGAGCCGCACCUGGACCCGGAGGCGGCCGAGCAGAUCCGGCGGCGUCGGCCGACUCCGGCCAACCUUGUCCUGAGCAGUGACCAAUCGUCCCCAGAGAUCGACGAGGACCGGCUGCCCAACCCCCUGCUGAAGUCCGGCCUGGCCAUGUCCCCCCGGCAGAGGAAGAAGGUGGCCAGGAGCACCCCCACCAUGAAAGAGCUGCAGAUGAUGGUGGAGCACCACCUGUGCCAGCAGCCGCAGGGCCCCGAGGAUGAGGAGGAGGCGGCGGCCGCCGCCCGCUGCCCCCGCGGCGAGCCCGGGCACCGGCACAGCCCCGGCGGCUCCUGCCCCGCCCAGGGCGGCCACCGGACACCCGCAGGGACACCCGGGGAUGGCACCCCCCAAACCGGGACCCCCCGGGCCGGAACCCCCCAAACCGGGACCCCUCGGGCCGGGACCCCCGGGACCGCGCGGCGCGGCCGGGCCGAGGACGGGACCCACAUAGAGGCUGGGGACAGCGCGGGCAGCGGCCACUAGGUGUGGCCGCAGCUGCCUGAUGCCAGCAGAGACUUUUUUAUUCCAUUUUCUAA